AUGCCACUCUCUUUGAAAUCUCCGCCUUCUGCAACUCUCUCUGCUUCGAUCCAAAAGGGACGAUGGAAGACUCUUGCCGCCGGAUUCUCUCUCGUUCCUCCUCCCGCCGUUAACUUCAGUCUCCGGCGAUCGAUUCCUCGAAUUCAUGCUUCCGCUAGCUCCUCCCCCUCUCCAUCGUCUUCAUCUCUCGGAGCUGGUGAGAACAAUGAGCUGGAUGCUGUAUCAGCUUUCAGCGAGAUUGUUCCUGAUACAGUCGUUUUUGAUGACUUUGAGAGGUUCCCGCCAACUGCGGCAACUGUUAGCUCCGGUCUCCUCCUAGGCAUCUGCGGUCUACCAGAUACGAUUUUCCGAAAUGCUGUGGACAUGGCUUUGGUGGAUUCGUCUUGUGCGGGGCUUGAUACCACUGAAUCCCGUCUCUCUUGCUUUUUCAACAAGGCUAUUGUAAACGUAGGAGGCGAUCUUGUCAAACUAGUUCCAGGUCGAGUUUCAACUGAAGUGGAUGCACGUCUUGCUUAUGACACAAACGGCAUUACCCGUAAGGUUCAUGAUCUGUUGAGACUGUACAACGAAAUCGAUGUACCUCACGACCGGCUACUAUUCAAAAUCCCUGCAACUUGGCAAGGUAUUGAAGCUGCAAGAUUGCUUGAAUCCGAGGGAAUCCAGACGCACUUGACCUUUGUUUACAGCUUUGCUCAAGCUGCAGCAGCAGCUCAAGCCGGUGCGUCUGUCAUUCAGAUUUUCGUCGGGCGUCUCAGGGAUUGGGCUCGUAACCAUUCGGGAGACACCGAUAUCGAAGAAGCUAUCAAAUCCGGGGAAGAUCCCGGUUUGGCCUUGGUCAAAAGAUCAUAUAACUACAUUCACAAGUAUGGUUACAAGUCCAAGCUAAUGGCUGCUGCUGUUAGAAACAAACAAGACUUGUUCAGCCUUCUCGGGGUUGAUUAUGUCAUUGCACCGUUAAAGGUGCUGCAAUCUCUGAAAGACUCGCCUGCAAUUCCUGACGAUGAAAAAUACUCAUUCGUUCGGAAACUGUCUCCUGAUACCGCAACACACUACAACUUCACCAACAAAGAGCUGGUGAAAUGGGACCAGCUAAGCUUGGCUUCAGCUAUGGGUCCUGCAUCAGUGGAGCUUUUGUCAGCUGGUGUGGAAGGUUAUGCCAACCAAGCGAGACGCGUUGAAGAGCUUUUCGGGAAGAUUUGGCCACCUCCUAAUGUCUAA